AUGGAUCUUUCACAAGUGAUUGAAGAUGGUGAAGAAUGUAGCAGUAGUGAGUCUGGUUGGACCAAAUACAUUCUUCCCCAUAUGAGUGAUGAUGAUGAAGAUGAUUCCAAUGAGAGUGAAGAUGAAGGUGAUAAAAAUGGUAGUUAUAGUGGUGGUGGUGGGGAUGAUGAUGAUGAUGAUGAUGAUGAUGAUUCUAUGGCUUCUGAUGCAUCCACUGGACCAGAACAAAACAAGCAUUAUGAUGAAAAAGAUGAUACCAAGAUGAUUAAAGAUGAUAAUAUCAAGGGUUCCUUGUCUUCAUGCUUGAAGAUCAGUAACAAUGAGAAGGAGAAGGAGAAGGAGAAGGAGAGAGAUAUCAAGAGGAAUAGUGUUGUUUCUCUAAGGAGGUAAUGUGGUAGUGUGCUUCUAUGUAAUUUGAACAUGCAUGUAUAAUUUCAUAAGCAUAUAUUUAGAUUAGUUUUGAGAUGG